AUGCCUUACAAGGACAAGCAUUCAUUAGCUGCCCGCAAAAUGGUUGCCCGCAAGUGUGGGCCCGCCACCAGGACCUUUGCCGCGACCAACAGUGUCCUUCGGCAUCAAAAUCCGUAUUCUAAUUCUGCGCCAAGUCUCCGCCGAGCCUUCGCCGAGCAUCCGCCAAGCAAACAAAUAAAAGCUGGGCCGUUCGAGGCCGGAUACUUUUUUUAA